CGUGUUUCGACGUGGCGGAAGAGGAAAGGUUCUCUCGUAACAUGUGGGAGGACGGCGGCGUGACAAGUGUUCGUGGAGCUGCUUACGGGGAGAUGGAGCGGAACGCGUCCCAUCUACUUGGUCUACUUGAAAACUUUUGCAAAGCUGGGCAAACUGUGUUUUUCUUUGGGAAGGCGCAUGCGUCUGUCGUGUGGGGGCUCCUGCGCACCGGUCGGAACGUCUUCGCGUUGGAGAACGAUACGAAGAUGAUCGAUUACCUUAACGAGUUCGGUAAGACACACGUGGCAGACACUCGCAAUGCUUGCGAGUUUGUCCAGACCACCGACGAACGAAACUGGGAUCCCAAACGUGACAUGUAUUGGAAAUUGCCGGGGAACAAAAGAACGGAGGUUUGGGACUUCCUUUUCCAACCCGGACCGCCAUCUCUGGCCGACCUCGAAUAUAGUCGACGGAGAAACCUGGUGUUCGGUGUGUUGAAUGGGUACCACAAUGCACCCAGGGAGUCUGUCGCGCAUUUCCUGAGAAGGCUGGAGCACGUUUACUUCAUGGUGGCCAAGCCGCUCACCCUCGAAAACUACAAGGCGCAGUUUGACGAGGAGGACCCUUUCGACGCUAAAGACAUGGAGGAGCUGAGCGACUCCGAAACCUUCAAUUUCGAGUCCAUGCCACUUCCUCGGGUGGUUGGACAGAAUGACAGACUCUACUUCUUCGGCAAGUAUCACCGGUUCACGCCGGAGGAUGUCUGGGGACACAACAUCGUCUGGCACCCGAGGAUAUUCCAACCUGCUGUGAAAAAUGGAAAGUGGGUCAUGGCAAUGAAGGGGGCCGAUGGCAAGUGGAGUGGAAUGAAGAGACUGGGAGCGGGUACAUUUCAGAGAACGGCGAGAGAUGCUCUGGUGAAGCAUUUGAGUCUUAUGAACCCCGAAAGGAGCGAUCCGGACGUCGUUGUGUAUGCAGAACAAAAGCUAAAUGAGUUGUACGCCGGCAAAAUGUUGGAGUUUCGAGCUCCUUUCUACACACUCGAAACGGCACCGUCCCGUGGCAUUUACUGGCGCAUGCCGCAACCUCCAUCGGGCGGUCAACAUCCGGGAGGGGGUGGAGGAGGAGACAAAGGAGACGACGGAGGUGGCGGAGGAGACGGCUCACAGAUUGCCGGAAAGGGGACGGGAGAGACGUCGUCAGGAGAGAAGGCGUCCAAUGGAAAGGGGUCAGGCGGAAAGGACUCGGGCGGAAAGGGGUCGGGCGGGAAGGGGUCGGGCGGAAAGGGGUCGGGCGGAAAGUGUAGAACGUCAGGGAGUCCCCAGUACAUGGAAACUGACCCCCACUAUGUAGGGAGUCGAGAUUCCGACAUGCGAGUCGAGGCCACCCUGAGGUCUGAUAAAGUGCGAGUAGAUUCGCACUUGUCUGCGAGGACUUUGUUUCCCGUUGUCGAGGAGAGUCCAUCCCGCCGUGCGCAGCAGAGGUCUCUUGUGCUCAACACCUUGCUCCUGAAAGAGGGCGAGAGUCUGCAGCAUACGGCGGCACUUCUGGAGGGCGGGAUGCUUGGAUUGCGAAGGAGCGAAGGUGCGACCUUCAGUUCCCUCCGCUCGGGCGAGCGCCACAAACUCCGAAUAGAUUCGGAGUUGCUAACGUCGCCCUUGAGGCCUUCUCCCAGAAGUGCUCCUCACGCUACAGUUCCGCAGGGCCAAGAAAAUGUGACGUCCUACCCCCCACAUCUUCAGUUGGGCACAGGGUUUCCCUGCUCAGCUCCGUUCUCAUAUGUUGGGACUCGAGACUGGCGGUCUCGUGACUUGCUGGAGGGACCCCCUGCAGGAAUGUUGGAGACCGGGCGGGAAGAGGAGACUCAACGCUGGCAGUCUCGCAAAGCGUUGGAGACCGGGGGUAGCGAGUGGGAAGGUCAUGCUUCGAAGGGUGCGUCUGUGGACAAUGACAGCGAGAGUGCAGCAACUCCUGGGGAAAUGCAUGCUCUGCAGCGGGAAGAGGAGACUCAACACUGGCCGAUUCGCGAAGUCGUGAAGGGGCUUCACGCAGGAGUGUUGGUGAUCGGGACGUCCGAAGAGGUUCUGCACAGUCGUUCGGCCGUGGCCACGACGCAAGAGGGUGUCGUUAAGGGAGGUCAGUGGACAUUCGUGCAAGCUCCCGUUCUUGGCGAUGAUGAAGGCGAAGAAGAACCUGUGGUGGAAGCUCAGGUUCAUGGCGAUGAGAAAGGCGGAGAACCCGUGGUGGAAGGCGGUGAGGUGACGGUCGGCAUCCAGACGGAUCCACAGCGGAAAGAUGAUGAUUCUUCGUUCACCCGUUGUGGUGAAGAACAGGGUGAUCGACCGUCUGUCCUCAGUACCGGUCGGGAAAUGGUUCUUCAUGAAGCCAUCGAGUUCGGUAACGACUCGGCUGCCACCGAGCUGGUUUAGCGACUCAGGCGUGGCCGAGGUGCAGAACGUCGAAUCCUCCGUGGAAGGCGGUGAGGUGGUAGUCAGCAUCAAGA